AACUGCGAGCAAAAAGCUAUCGAAAAUAUCAAGACAAUUUUAUAACUGGAAUUGAAUGAUGAUAAUGGAAGCAUUUCCAUUUCGCGGUUGACAUUUCUUUCGCACAAACCAAACAGGGAAAAAUUUGUUCUAGCCACAGCGUCACACGGCCAUUUGAUUGAAAAGCUCUUGAAUCAAAGUUUUCUCUUAUUGGUUUAAAUCGAUCAAGCUCAACGGUACGUGCAUUUCACUCCCGUGAAAAUAAAAUUGAGCGCAAUAGGAGACAGACUACAUUUAACAGGGACUUUAGAGGCAGUACAAAGGGCAGGGCCAAAAUUUGGUCAGACGGAUAUUUUUUAUAGCCUCUCUUUGAUUCCUCUUGCAACAUAUCAGAUUUAUCGAAAAUGGCGUCAGGGAUCCGUAGUUGUGGAUUAUUGAGUUUCUUUAUUUACAAUGACAGCUAUGGUACUCGGGAGGGAACAGAAGGGGAGAAAACGAUGUUAUACAUACCACAAGAGGAAGAUAUUGACUCGCAGAUAAAGCAAGUCGGAUUGUGCGAAGCCUUGAUCCAAUUCACAAAGACAUUUAAUCCGACAACGCCUUGCGAAGUUCUUCACACCCAGAAAUCCAGGCAAGUUUUCUUGAAUCCGGAAGGUCGAUUUUUUAUGGCCAUGACUGUAAAGAUCCCAUAUAAUCAAAGAAUACUAAAAGAUGGAAAGCGAGCUGUGGAAUAUUUUGAAGAAGAAGUGCAGGACAAAGUGCUGCAGGAAGUUCUCAAACAGGCCUACGCCAUGUUCAGGCUUUUUAACGGACCAUUCACGAGAAUUUUGAAGAAAUCAGGUCUUGAGAGCCUGAAGGAAAAACUGAAGUAUUUCUAUUCGCGCUACUUACAAACACUCAAUUUCUCCCAGUUUGAUAUCCUUGAUAUUUAUCACGGACUAACAUUUUUACCAGUCGACCAAAGUGUUUUUCUCCGUGUACAAUGCUUUUGUAAUCUUGUCGAGACAACGUUUCCCUGCAUUUCACACAGCUGUUUUCUAUACAAUGAUCAGCUUCUUUGGACGACAAUAGAACAAGAAGAUAUGAGAAUCCUAUUCAAGUACUUGACAACUAGUUUGUUUCCUGCUACAAUGGAAAAUGAGGUUGAUGCCAAGGUCUCAAUGCAGUCAAAUACGCAAAACGUAGGUAAAUUUCUUACUGCAUCAGUUGAUCAAACAGAUCAGCUGACAAGUACAGCCAAGAGAUCACCAAGAUUGUUUAUAUGGACCAAUGGUGAACUAAAAGAGUAUUACCUUAUUGUCUUUAAGGCAAUGAGUGCCGUUAUUUGCAUGUUGGCUUCGACUGAUCCCCCUCUGACAGUAGAGUUCUACUUAAAGUUGCAAACCUUUCUUGGAGCCCAGAUGACACAUCUUUCACACAAGAUAAUGGAGCACAUAUUAAAAAUGCCAGCUAGCCAGAGUGAUCAACAAUAUAGGUUCUUGUACUUCAACAAGAUGAAUCUAGCUGUGAAGACUAGUAUUCAUAGCAAAAGGGCGUCUCAGGUAACUAGCGUUACACCAGAUAUGAUGAAGCUGAUUGUUGAUAUUCACAGUGAUCUUGAUAAAAUGCCUGGAGAUAGAGAAAUGAUUAUGAAGAACUUGGCAGAUUGUUGGAUUGUUGGAAGAAGGUCAGACAAAAGAGAGUUCUUUGUAAUUCUUAAUCAAAAGAAUGCUAGUUUGGUUGACAUAAAUGAUGAGGUUCGAAGAUUAAUAUCAACUAGUUUUAAUAAUGUAUUUUUUGUAAAUUGAGUGCCUGGAUAUCAUUGUUUACUAAAAUAUAUCCAAUGCUUGUUACAAUUUAGAUAUAUUUUAGUUGUGUAUUGUAAAAUAAGUACAAUAAUGCUGUAAAUAAAAGAACCAUUGACAAUAAUUAAACAAAUAUUGUAUAAUUUUGAAAAAAUACAUUGCAUAUUUCAUUACAAAUUAUGCUGAUGG